AUGUAUUUACCCAAAGUGGCCACUACAGGAGCACGAGACCCUACUAGUUCCAAAAUCACUCCCCACCUGGAGGCGAGCAGCCGAUCCCGGGGCUUUUCUUCCACCGGAGCCAGCAGGGGCUUCGGGCCCACGUGGGCCAGGAAUCCCGGCCGCCCUUGGCUCCUGGGGGCCGCUUUUGCCUUGGGGGGCACUUUGGGCGUCUAUCAGACGCUGCGGCACCGCUUCCAAGGGCCGGCCCCGCAGGCCAGGCAGGAGGUAGUCCAGCUCCCGGAAGGCAGGUUACAGCUGACCCUCUACCAAUACAAAACGUGUCCUUUCUGUAGCAAGGUGCGGGCGUUUCUCGAUUACCACCAGCUGCCGUACGAGAUUGUGGAGGUGAACCCCGUCAUGAGGAAGGAGAUUAAGUUCUCCGUGUACCGCAAGGUGCCGAUUCUCCUUGCCAACACUGGGAACACCCUGGUAAGAUUCCAGACUAACCAGGAACAGCUCGGCUUGGUGUUUUGGAAAUCCAAUCACCAGUUUUGAAGUAGUGUGGGAAGGAGGUUUGGCGGACUCUGGCAGCGGCUUUGCUGGAU